UCACCCACGGAAAUUUCUAGAAUCUCGAACCCUAAUCAUCGAUCCAUUCACAUUUCACAGUUGACCGAUCCGAUUAAAGAAAACCCAAUGGCUUGGAGAAAAAGUUGCUGAAUAACGAUAAGAACCCCAACCUUGGAGCUCUCUUGCCCUCACUCCUCACCUCCAAAAAUGGCCGCAAUCGAGCUUUUGCCCGCCGAAUAUGGCUACGUCGUCCUCGUUCUUGUUCUCUACACCUUUCUUAAUUUCUGGAUGGCCGGCCAAGUCGGCAGAGCUCGCAAGAAGUAUAAGGUGUUUUACCCGAAUCUGUAUGCCCUGGAAUCCGAAAACAAGGAUGCUAAGCUCUUCAAUUGCGUUCAGAGAGGACACCAGAAUUCGCUUGAAAUGAUGCCUCUGUUCUUCAUGCUCAUGAUUUUGGGAGGAAUUAGGCAUCCUUGCCUUAGCGCUUCGUUCGGUGUUCUCUACGUCGUAAGUCGGUUCUUCUAUUUCAGAGGUUACGCCACCGGCGUGCCUGAAAACCGCCUCACAAUCGGGAAAUUUUCCUUUCUGGCGGUGCUUGGUUUGAUGAUUUGCACAAUCUCUUUCGGUGUUACGCUUCUUCGCGCUUGAGCUCUGAUCCUGUAGUGUUGUUUCUUCAUCUUGCAGCUCGUUCUCUUGGAUUUUGAUUUUGAUUUUGAUUUUGAUUUAGGGUUGAAGUUGAUGUAGUGUUGAAUAAAGGAGAUUACUGGUUUCUGAUGUGGUAUUGGGUUUUUAUGAUUGCCAUAUUAAUUUUGCACUUUCCUUUUUA